AUGUUUGCUAUUAUCACGCUUUAUCGCAGCCUUGCCUGGCCGGACUUGGAACCGGUUGCAGCGAGGUUGCUGCACCAAGUCAACCAGACCCCUCCCCGUACCCAGUCGGCCUACAACAUCAUGACAGAUAGCGAUCAAGUUACGCUGGUCACGCGCACCGAGCGAUCUCACGUCAGUUCUGGCUACGCGAUCACGCAGUUGCGUGUACUUACUUGGUCUCGACGUUUUUUAAAUUUCGAAUUCUGGUUUCGGGGUAUUUGGUAG